AUGACCCAAAAGGAUAAAGUCCAGGAUCUAUCUGCGCCAGAACCAAAUCACCACCACGUGCCAAAACAGACUUCACAACGAGAAGCUCAAACCCCAGAACAGCCUCCGGUGAUGAGUGACCACGAGCAGCUCCAGCAACUACAAAUCACAGUCAUGCAACUGGAGAGGGCCUUUCACAACUUUGUCAAUGCUUCCUCACCAAGUCACUCUCACAAGGGUAGUUUUGACAGCGCAAUUUCCAACCAGAGUAGCCUCUCUAGGCCCUCGGAUUUGCUACAGUCUGUCAUCAGUCCGAUAUCGCCCAAGUCCCCCGACAUGAAAGACACUUCCUUGCACAACCCCGCGAAGACCUACACCUCGUCUCCACUAGGAAGGCCCGCGACAACAUCGAACGAUUCCACCAAUAAUAGCCGAACGAAUUCUAUCACAUGUGACAGUCCCACGACCGAAAUGAGUCCCAAGCAACUGGAGGGGAAGGUCAAGGGUUCGAGGCUUCGAAAAGUGCUCUCAGCUGGCAGUAUGGAGCUACUCGGGGGGCAACCUGAUAUAGCAUCUGAUGGCCAUGCUGUUGAAUCCACAGGCCAGGGGGCUACUCAUGAAGCGCGGGAUGAAGAGAGACCUCGAACGCACAACAUUUCGGGUCAUGGAGUCUACGGUCGUAAGAUCUUCAGCAAAUCAGUGGAUCACCUUGCAGCAGCAUCAGCUAUGGAAACACCGGCGUCGGCAUCCUCUAUGCUCCGCAAGGUGGGCAAAGGCAUGAAGAGAAAGUCUCGAACUCUCUCUGAACUUUUCCGCCCCAAGUCUGCGGUGGCCACUGGCCCCCCUAACACCGCUUUUGAGGCCGAGUCGCCGCUUACCAAUGAGCCACUAAAGUCUACUGUGGCCACUGGCUUCCCUGAUAAUACCGCUUUUGAGGCUGAGCUGCCGCUUACCAAGGAGCCACUUAAGUCUCCAGUGCCCGAGACAACGCCCUCUCUGACUUGGAGCAUGGACAUGGCGAAACCCAAUUUUAGCCGUGAAGAUCUUUAUGAAGCCCUGGACACACCAGAGCUUGGUACACCAGAGUCUCCAUCAUUCAACAUGUACAGGAAUUAUGCACCUGUUCAAACACAGGAUACUGGGACAAUCCAAAAGCCUGGAAUGGCUCCCAGGAGUAUUCUCAAGAUUCCCAACACUCCACAAACAGAAACCCAGUAUGACCGCUGGGUUAACCCUUUCGAAACGACCGACCUUGAAACCUUAAUGGAUGCACUUUCAAACGUUUAUGACUAUGACGAGCCAGUUGAAUCGGUCCAGGAAGUUGAUAAAUACCAACCUCCGUUUGCUCCACGCCCUAUCUCCUAUUAUCUUUAG